AUGGCCGCCAGUAUACCCGAGAAAUCGUCAGUCAACGAGGAGACUCAAAUGCAAGAUGUCGAAAAGCAGUCAGACAUCUCCACCGAACCUACGACAGCCUUAGAUCCCAAUCUAAUUGGAUGGGAUGAGCCAGAAGAUAAGGACCCAGCGAAUCCGCAGAACUGGUCAUCGGGAAAGAAAUGGCUGAAUGUUGGAAUCCUCUCAUUCAUCACUUUCUUGACACCUCUCGCCUCGUCGAUGUUCGCUCCUGGUGUGCCUAUAGUCCUCGAAGAAUUCGGGAGCACGUCUUCGACUGACGCAACUUUUGUCGUUUCGAUCUUCGUGCUAGGAUUUGGGAUCGGCCCUCUGAUCUUCGGCCCACUUAGUGAGAUAUAUGGUCGACUGCCUGUGUAUCACAUAUGCAAUCUUUUCUUCAUUCUUUUCACGGUCCUAUGCGGUGUUGCACAGAACAUGGACACGCUCUUGGCCGUGCGCUUCUUCGCCGGCUGUUUUGGAGUCGCUGUUAUCACAUGUGGCGGAGGAUCAAUUGCAGAUAUGAUGCCUCCCCAAGAACGCGGCGGAGCAAUGGCGAUCUGGAGUGUCGGGCCUAUUCUAGGACCUGUAAUUGGACCAGUCACUGGAGGAUUUCUCAUUGACGCGUUGGGUUGGAGAUGGGUCUUUUGGCUUCUCACAAUCCUGUCUGGAACGAUAACAGUUAUCGCGUUCGUAGGAUUGAGCGAAACAUACGCCCCUGUCCUCCUCGCUCGAAAAGCUGCCCGUUUACGCAAAGAAACUGGCAAUACGGAACUGCAAUCGAAUCUCGCAACCGAUCAAAGUAAGAAAGCUGUGUUUGCAACCGCGAUUGUCCGGCCUAUGAAGCUGCUUGUCUGCUGUCCCAUUGUCACGCUCAUGGCGGUCUACAUUUCGAUCGCAUAUGGCUUACUAUAUAUCUUGUUCACGACCUUCACGUUCGUGUUUGACGACGUAUACAACUUUGGCCCCUCGACCGCAGGGUUAUCUUUCUUGGGUGCCGGUAUCGGAUCGUUGGCUGGCAUGUUUUAUGUUGGUGUCUUAUCCGACAGACACCUCAAGAAGAUCAUCGCAUCAGGCCGGAAACCAACCCCUGAGGACCGCCUACCAUUGUUCCUGACAGUUCCUGGCUCUCUCUCACUUCCGGCUGGCUUAUUCAUAUAUGGUUGGUCGACGAACUAUGCAGUACAUUGGAUCGUACCUGAGAUUGGUACUGCGGUAACGGGGUAUGGUAUGAUGGUCUUGGUCAUGUGCAUUCAGGUCUACCUUGUUGAUGCCUUCAGCAUCCAUGCGGCAAGUGUUAUUGCGGCGAAUGCGGUAUUGAGGAGUGUGCUUGGCGCACUGUUACCGCUGUGUGCAUUGGAUAUGUAUGAAAAGCUGGGAUUAGGUUGGGGUAACAGUUUAUUGGCGUUCAUUGCGGUAGCUCUGGCUCCUGUGCCCUGGAUAUUUGGAUGGUGGGGUGAGAGAUUGCGGACAAAUCCAAAAUACCAGUUGAAUCUAUAG